CUGUCAGAAGACAGCAUCUGUCAAAGCCCACAUUUAAACUGCUGCCUGCCUGUGCAGCAGCUGAAGAACUAUGGAAUGGAUUUUAUAGACCAAAACCCUUAGAUAAAAUUCUCAAAACCUUUUCAGUUACUGCCUAGCAACAAAGGAGGAAGGACGGACGGAAGAGAGAAAUCCUAUUACUCAAUGCAACUGAACCACUACACUCUAGCACUUGCUGCUUAACAUUAUCGCUAGAAAUAUGGAUACUGAGAAGAGAAUACAGCACUGCAUUGUCCGACAAGGGAAAUGCCAGAUGUAAAAGCUUCAAUGCAUCAAUUGUCAGGAGCAGACAACCCUCCUCGGAACACAAGCAAGAGCUACUGUUCUUUUGUUUGAAAGAUGAACAAAAGACCCCAAGAAAUGGACACUUAUAAGCAAAGAAGGUAACACAGCAAAGAGCAGACAGAUGGACAGACUGGAUACCGUGAAAAGCAAUCGCAGGAAGCAGACGUUUGGGGGAUGUGCGCAUGUUCGAUAGCAUCUUUUUUGCUGAAGUGAUGCGUGCCAAAACUAUUUUCAGUGGCAAUAAUCCUCUCAACAUAAAUGUCCUAACCAAGGAAGCAGAGUGACCCUUUUGCAGAGAAUUACUCAACGUGAAUACAACAGAAGAUGAAUACCAAAAAAUAGCAGUGGAUUCAGAAGGAAAGGAAAAAGCAUUUUGUUCAACCAUUAUCUCACAUCUCAUUGUUGGAUACGUACAACAUGCUUCAGUGGAGAAGACGACACUGCUGUUUUGCAAAAAUGACGUGGAAUACCAAAAGGUCUCUGUUUCGCACCCAUCUUAUUGGUCUGCUUUCUCUCGUGUUUCUUUUUGCUAUGUUUCUGUUCUUUCAUCAUCAUGACUGGCUGCCAGGCAAGGCUGGAUUCAAAGAAAAUCCUGUGGCUUACACUAUUCGAGGAUUUAGGUCUACAAAAAGCGAGACAAACCACAGUUCUCUGAGGAACAUUUGGAAGGAUACAGUCCCUCAGACUCUGAGGCCUCAGACAGUCACUAAUUCCAACAACACUGACCUGUCACCACAAGGAGUAACUGGUUUAGAGAAUACACUUAGUGCCAAUGGAAGUAUUUACAAAGAGAAAGGUACUGGACAUCCAACUUCAUAUCAUUUUAAGUAUAUAAUAAAUGAGCCCAAAAAAUGCCAGGAGAAAAGUCCUUUUCUAAUACUACUCAUAGCUGCCGAACCAGGCCAAGUGGAAGCUAGACAAGCUAUUCGGCAAACGUGGGGAAAUGAAAGCUUGGCACCGGGUAUCCAAAUUGUUCGAAUUUUUUUGCUGGGCUUAAGCAUUAAACUAAAUGGAUACCUCCAACGUGCCAUACUGGAGGAAAGCAGACAAUACCAUGACGUUAUUCAACAAGAAUAUUUAGACACUUAUUAUAACUUAACCAUUAAAACUCUUAUGGGGAUGAACUGGGUUGCCACCUACUGUCCAAAUGUUCCCUAUGUUAUGAAAACAGACAGUGAUAUGUUUGUCAAUACUGAAUAUUUAAUACAUAAGCUUCUGAAGCCAGAACUGCCUCCAAGGCACAAGUAUUUUACAGGUUACCUAAUGAGAGGGUAUGCACCUAAUAGGAACAAGGAUAGCAAGUGGUAUAUGCCACCUGAUCUGUAUCCAAGUGAGCGUUACCCUGUAUUCUGCUCAGGAACUGGUUAUGUUUUUUCUGGAGAUUUGGCAGAAAAGGUAUUUAAAGUCUCUUUAAGCAUCAGACGCUUGCACUUAGAGGAUGUAUAUGUGGGCAUCUGUCUUGCCAAGUUGCGAAUUGACCCUAUGCCCCCACCCAAUGAGUUCGUCUUCAAUCACUGGCGAGUUUCUUAUUCCAGCUGUAAAUAUAGCCACCUAAUUACCUCCCAUCAGUUCCAGCCUAGUGAACUGAUCAAAUACUGGAACCACUUACAACAAAAUAAGCACAAUGCCUGUGCCAAUGCAGCAAAAGAAAAAGCUGGCAGGUAUCGCCAUCGUAAACUGCAUUAAAAAGGACAAUACUCCCUCUAUAAAAGUAUCCCAUGUGCAAUUUGUAAAUAUUGCUGAAAGCAUGUACAGUGAAAACAGAUGAGCUUAAUGGGACAGUCUUUAGUUAAGCCCUCAUCACAUAAUGGAAUUUGAAAAUUAUUUUUUUAAUUUUAGAAGAUUAUAAUUCUUGAAGAUAGUAAUAUUAUGAAACUAUAACCAAAAGGGUUUCCAAACAAAUUUGAGGAAAAAGAUGGUAUACAAGGAUUUUUCUGUGUUAAUGUGCAAUAAUAAGCAUGAACACUUUGGUGGUACGAUUGCUAUUUUAUGUGCCAAUAAAAUAUAAUUGAGCAUAUUUUCCACACUAAAUUUCUUUUUUAAAUGCACACACUGCUCUAAUUCAAAAAAUUCUUUCCUCUUCAGCCAUUAAUGAUUUCAUUCUGUUGUCUAGAACGGUUGUAAAUAAAACUAUCCGUGACAAGUUAAGGACAUUUUGUAAGUUUACAAAGAAGUUUACUUCCCUAACUUCAGAACCAUAUUAAAAAGUGAUUACACAGCUGUUUCACAAGCAAUAGGAGUUUAGUAAUGUGACAUUUACAAUUUGAGAAGAAACUAUCAAUGUAUUUUAAAGCACUGAGCACAUAUUUUACUACAGUAAGACAAACAAAAGUCGCAGUUUAGAAGGCUGCUAUUUUGUGGUGUGACAGCUUGUGAACUGAGUUUUAGAUUAAAAUUUAAAUUGAGAAGUCACUGAAGGUAAUUUCAAACUCUGAAUUAUAUUCGGAGGAUGACACCAUAAUCUCGGCGUCAAAGAGCAUCCUCAUCUAAUAUAUUACUCACCAUGCAAGUCCAUUAUAUCUGCUAUUGCAUUCACUUUCUUUGAGGUAGUUAAAGGUACAUGAAAAAUGCAAAACUCAAAACCUUUGAUCUGGUCUCAAAAAUGGUCCGAGGGGGAUGUGGGGGGGUGACUGCAGACUGCAGUUCCCCUCCCCUCUCAAAAAUACUAUUAACUAAGUGAAAAUUGUCAUUUGAGCAAAGUAAGCCAAAAAUCUUCUUUUUCACAAAGGUGGUAUGGAAGUGAUAAUUUAGCGAAACUGACAUUUCUGGAUAGUAAGAUGGUCUAAAAAAAAAAUAAAAACAAAAAAAAAACAUGAGUGCGAUGAAAGUCACUCUUGCGUCCCACUAAAAGUGAAAGGUAAAAAUAUAGAUUAUAUUUAUAGGUUUUCACUCUACCAAUGCACAUAUUUAGAAAGCUCAUUUCUCAAUAGGUUGCUGCCUCCUAAUGCUAGGUAUUCUAAGUCACUGUUUGUUGUCACAGUGCCAGGUUUACAGCCAUAUACCUUUGAUUUAGUAGAAAACCUUCCUGCAACCUCCAAUAGUACCUUUAUUGGGCAAAAAAAAAUGCUUGAUACAUUUGGGUAAUAGUUAUAUUAUUCGAUUCACUUUUAUUAUUUAUUUUAAUAAAAACAGACUAUAUCUAUGGUCACUCAAACCUCCCUUUACAGGGAGGUUACUCAGAAGGUAACGGUUAGUCAGCUUCUGCAUUAUUUAAGACUUCUCUGGUUUCCCCUAAUCUUUGUUGCAGUCGGUUUUCAAACGAUGUAAGGCACAGAGACUGUACUGAUUUUUUGGUUGAUCUUCAGGUAAUAAUGGAAAGACAUCAUGAGUCCAUACAGAUACUGCUUACUCUUAGCCGCCUUUGAUAUGAUUGACCACAAGUCAAGUACUAGUAGGUAUGAACAAGCUGCAUUACAGUGGUUGUGUUUUUUCCUCCCAUGGAACCCUGAGCUCUUUGGUAACAUGAGCAAUUUGAUUUUAGAGGUCUCUCUCACCACCUUUCUGUAUUUAAUUUAACUACUCAGAUGGUAUCACAACCACAGUGUAUGAGCAUCUUCAAAAUAUUAAACAGAACAAUCUCUCUUCUUUCCAGGCCUGUAGGAAAAACUGCUUGACUAGUUUAUAUUUGCAUGAGAGAGUGGAUAUGUUGCUUGGAUUAAGCAAAAGCUACACUGAAGAAAUAAAUCUUAUUUGUUCUGAAAAUGACAACGUCCAUAGCCAUUCCCUCUACAUGUACAUGAAGGUGACGGAGGGAAACAAACUUUGGGGCUGCUACUUUACCACUGUACUGAUAUCCAUUUUUGGUUUUCCUUCAAAUUCAGAUCCAACAGUUUGCUUUCCAGUUGAUACUUGUCAGAGAUAGCAUUCUGGAUGAAAGCUAGACAAGAUGGAAAUAAUGCUGCUGGUUAUUGGGAAGACAUCUGGAGAGAUGGUUGGGGGCAGACUGUUCAAGGAACAGCGUACAUCCUUAAUGGAGUGAUUAUGUGAUAUGCUAUCAUGGGUUUAUAAUGUAUUCAGCACUGGUCCCUGAUGUUCAGUUAAGAGCAAUGGCUCAAGAUGCCUUCCCCAAUCAACAGCUGACACAAAGAAUACAGCCCUUCCUCUCUGAGUAGGACCUCAAUACUUAGCCAUACCUUUGGCACUUCCAGGCUGGACCACUAAUGUACUUUUUAUUUGAGUUAUUCAAAAGUUUAAGAAUAUUGUUUAACAAGUGUUUAACAAGACAUUCACAGCACAUAACACUUCUCUGUACUGGAAUUCUGCUUGCUGAAGGGUUAAAUCCAAGCGGUUAAUAGCUAAACCCUAUGUGGCUUGGCACUUGAACUCUAGGAUUUGGCAGCAAGGUAUCCUCUAACAGACUCAUCUUUGGAACUUGUUCCUCCUUAAAGUCUGCCCAAGUUCAGCAGUUUAGGACAGGUUGCAACAUCCAUCAGUUUAGUCUGACACUGUAACUGGCAGAGGAUUUGUUAGCCAUCAGGUGGAAAGAAAGAGAGGCUGCUUACUUUUAUAAGCCAUAUUGAGAGUCCAUCACAGUUUUAAAAAAUUUGUAUUAGUGCCUAUGUAACUUGAAGGCACUUUAUAAAUACAAAAAUAAAUAUUUGGACUAUAAACAAGAUAGCCAGUCUACUGAAGUUUUUUCGCCCCUGAACACUGUUCUCUUUUUCCCUUGUUCAGAACAAACUUCAAGAAGUGAAGGGGACCUUGUACACUGAAAGACAAUUACAGGAUGAAAUAGUAAAAUCUUUUCCCCUUUAAAAAAAAUAAAACUUGCUUUCCAUUUCUCUAUGUUGUGUUUAGACACCACUUAGUUUCUGAUCACCCUGGUACAAAAGAAAGCAUUAGUUCAUGUUUAAAAUAAUGCAACAAUUUAUGCUACAAAUUGUUUACUUUUUUUGUUGUUUUGUUUGUAAUUUUUCACUUACAAUAUUCUCUUCACUAGAAGAAAAAGAUGUUUUGAGUUUUACAUUGUCACCUUUCCAAACUAAGAUGGACAGAAACUAUAUUUUUCCUAAAUGUAGUCUGAGCAUUUGUGGCUAAAGAUAAAGAAUCUGUUCUAUGGUAUGUUCCUACAAUACACAUGUACCUACAAGUCAAUAUAUACCUCAAUUGCCAACGUCAAAUGAAAUAUUUUCAUUUAUCUGUUUUUUGGUUGUAAGAUGAGAAAAAGAACAAAUGGAAUCAAACCAUAAGAUGACAGUUAUAUUAUCAGGUAGAUAUAAGGGAAGGGAAUACAGUUAAGAGCAGUCUUAAAUGAUGAGAACAAUGGGUCAGUGGGUUAUCAGCAGGGAAAUUUCAUGAUUUUUGGCUAACAAUUGAUACUUCCUCAGCUAAAGACAUGUAUACAAAAUAACUAUGUGUAAUCCAGAAAAUAACUAUUGAAAACAGACAUGAUCUGACAAUAUAUCUGUUCCCUGUGCAUCUUCAGCUAAGCAAGCGAGCUAGGUUCCUUGCCAGCUCAAACAUCAAUACCCCUUCUCUGUGGAAAAACAAGGUCUUAUGGCUAACAGCACGGGGUUGGGAGACAGGAGCAAUUCUGAUAGAUUUGCUGUGUGAUCUCAUGACUUCUCUCUCUCUCUCUCUCUGGUUCCACAUGCAAAAUAAGGAUAAAAAUACUUCCCAGCCUCUAGUGGUGCUUUGGGGAGAAAUUCAAUGUCUGUAAGAUGCUUUUGAGACUUAAAUGGAAGAUACUACAGAAGAGCAAAAUGUUCUUAACUAAGUUCAAAAGUUAACAACUCAAUUUUUCAUGGCUGUUUGUUGUGCUAUACAUAAACUGUUAACUUUCAGAUCCUAGGUUGAAGGUGACAUGCUGGUAAAUAGUUCAGCAUCCUACCUCAAGAACUGACCAUAUUUUCUCAGUACAUGUCUACACUAAAGACUUAAGUUGACCUAUGUUAGGUCCACUUACAGCCGCCACAGUAAUUAUGUCAGUGGCUGAUGUUUACGCUACCUUCCUUCUGCCAGUGGUGUGCGUCCUCACCAGGAGUGCUUCCACUGACUGAAGAGGCGCAGUGUGGGGGGCUGAAAGCUAGGGCAGCUUCCACACAGUUCCCUGCAGGGAGUUGGAGAUGCAGCCGCCUAGGCAUCUCACUUCCCUGAGCGGGAGCCAGUAGCAGCAGGGUUCAGGCUUCCCGGCUUUCUUGUCAAUUUCUCAGCUCCAGCAUGGAGCCCUGAAAUUGAUAAGACAGCCCACAGCCCAUGUAAGUAACACAGCGUAUACACAGACACUGUGUUGCCCUAACUACACUGACAUAACCCCUAUGCCUCUCGUGGAGGUGGAUUUAUUAUGUUGAUGUAGUAGAGCACUUACAUAGUCGGAACAAGGCUGUAGUAUGUACAUUGACAUAAUUAGGUCGACUUAAGCUGCCUUACAUCAACCUGCAUAGUGGAGACCAGGCCAUAGUAAACUUUAAAAGUCCAUCUGAUAUUGUGACGAGGUAAACAUGGAAUCUCACAUAUUUUACAAGUUAUGUUUCAGAGUAUAUCCAUACUAAACCAAGGAUUAUAUUCCAGUAUCCUCACUAUUCUAAGCAUUUUUAUCAAAAAAGUGUAAAAGUGCAGCUAAAAAAAAAUCGCUACUCUGAAGGGUCUCUUUUUCCCCCCACCUAUUUUCCUAAUGUGCACUAACCCAGCAAAAGCCUCAGACAUGUGCCAAUAUGAAAUAGUUGGAGAAACUGGCAAUGAGAUUAAAAAUUUAGAGCCAUAAGUAUGUGAAAACUUGAGAGUGAAAGGAGAAGGUAAUAUAAAAACACCAGUUCCCUUCACAUUUCUUGUGAAGGGUAAAUACUAAUGCAUAGUUGAAUCCAUAACUCUCAAUUGUUUUUUUUUUUUUUAAAUGACUACAAUAAAUAGUACAUUUGCCAAACUCAGAAAACAUUGCUUUUCUUAAUUCUCCAUUUUGAUGUAUGUCAUGUAGAAAUAUUUUAUGCCUUUAAAAGAACCGUAUAUUUAGCUACAGGCUGAGUGAAUGGAGGAGAAUUACAGUUGAAAACAAACUAUGGUAUCUUCCCUUAAAUUUCACUGGAUGCAGAUAGCCCAAAGCGGAUUUUACAAGGAUAGUGACUCAGAGACGACGUCUUCCAAAACAGUCUAUGUUAUAACUGGUAUGUGUGAAUGCCUUGGAAGACUGAAGUGACUCAAGUCUGUAAGCCACAGUUUAGGAAUGUAGUAUUUACUGUACUAUUGCAGGUCAGAUCUUCGGUAUUUCAGCUUCCUACCUCAACACUGAUCAUCAGUAUCUAUUUUUGCCUGCUGAGCUAUUAACAUAUGCAUCUAGCCAGCUGUACAAUGAUGUACAAAGGAGGCAAAGAGAAGGCAAGAAAGACACCUUUAUUCUGUAUCCAAGGCAAAAAUAAAGUCACAGGUGUAAGGAAUAAACAUAGGUACUUAGGUCACCUCAGUUAAAACAAUAUCUAGUUGUCAGACUACAAAGAUGAAAUUGUCAGGCACUACAAAUGAGGCAGCUAAAAAAACGCUGUAUUCAGGUUAAAAAAAUAGGACACUUAACUAAUGUUAAGGAAUAUUUUAAAAGGAGAACAAACUAGAAAACAAUGCUUGAAUCUAUAGUUAGAAAGGCCUACAUAGCUGUCCAUUCUGAAAGAAAUAAAGUACAAAGUAGGGGGUAGCUCCAUUUCUAUGUCAAAAUUUCAGGUCAUUUUGCAAUUACAAAGGCACGCUUUUUAAGAGUUGUACCUUGAUCAGAGGUAAUCCUAGAGAAAGUGACAUGAAAGCAUAUCAGGAGGUCACUAACUCCAGAGGUAAUCUUUUCCAUAGAUGGCUGUCAGUGAAUAUUCAAAACAAAGGGUAUCUAAAAUUUAAAGAGUUUAUUUACCAUGAAAUUAUUAAUUACUGUUCUCUUUUGAUUAGUGCAGUAAUAAAUGAGAACUAACCUGGCUACAGAAUGGCACUUUCCUUUCACAGUGAAAUUACUUCAAAAGGAUUCAGCUGAACAUGGCUAUAGAUGAAAACUACCAUGUUGCCUCCUGGUAUUACCAUGGCAACAGUUACAAGAGCUCUCUCCUAAGUAUUUAAAUCCGACAGUUUCACAGUAACACCAAAACUACCAGAAUGAUGGUGAUGCUGUAUUUUGCUUUAUGAGCUAACUGCUCAAAUCACAGUAUAUUAACCAUUUUCUUCAUACUUUUCAAGAAUUAACUCUUGGUCAGAGUACUCUGAAUGAGACUAAUCUUGAAUGACUUUUUUUUUUUU